GGAUCUAUUAAGCCCAAUAUCCGCCAUCUAGAAGCCGCUGCUGGCGCUAUCGGCCUUAUCAAGGCUGUCAUGGCUGUGGACAAGGGUAUUAUACCACCUCAGGCCAGGCUUAACAAACUUAAUACGAGUGUCAAUUGGAAGGAGUCCGGUAUACAGAUUGUGAGAGAGAAAACGGAGUGGAACCAACUUGAUGGCCCUCGUCGCGCUGCAGUUUGCUCGUAUGGAUAUGGUGGCACUGUAUCCCACGCCGUCAUUGAGCAGACACCAGUUCCAUUUACCACCGAUACAAUCCAGGACAGCGGUGAAACGCUGCUAGUCCUCUCUGCGCCGCAUGAGAAGAGACUGGCCAAACAAUGCACUACUCAGGCUGAAUGGAUCUCUACCGCUGGCCGUUCCGAAAACCUCAAAACUAUUGCUGCCAUCUUGUCUCUGCGUCGGGCACAGCAUGAUUUUCGCGCCGCAUUCGUUGUGUCUCGCCACUCAGAAGCAGCGUAUGCUCUCAGCUCUUUCGCCGAAGGUGCGCCGGGCGCAUGGGCUGUCCAAGGUCGCACACUCGAGAAUGGCAUCAGCAGGGAGGCUGUCUGGGUAUUUUCUGGACAUGGGGCACAGUGGACCGACAUGGGCAAAAAACUCCUGAACAACCCCAUUUUUCGCAAGACUAUAGCCCCUCUGGAUAGCAUUGUGUUCCGGGAGCUUGGCUUCUUUGCGAUCGCGAGUCUCGGGUCAGGUGUAUCCCAAAAUUCAGACGAAAUCCAGGUACUCACUUAUUUGAUGCAAGUCGGCCUGAGCCAAGUCCUGAAAUUUUGGGGAGUCUAG